AUGUCAACAACCGAGGCCGUUACUAGCCGCAUGGGUCACACCGAAGAACCGUUGAAUACACAGGUUAGAAAUACCAAAGAGGAACCCACUUUUAUUCCAAUGCUGUACCAGGACUUUAUGAGUUUAUCUUUUUUGGACAGAUUUAAUUUCUUAGUUGUCUUUCUUGCUGGACCGAUUAUCAACAGUAAUAUCAAAUUACCAGCCACUAUCGAUAUUAAAAAAUGGGCCUUUCAACGUGUAUUCACUGUGCUCAGUUUAAUUGACUUAGCUACUACAUACAAACUGUCAUUAUCCUUUGCUCCCAUCAAGUCUAAUAUUGGCAGCUUUAGUUUGCAAAAGUAUUAUAUCCUGGAUCUUCCAAAUUCGUUAGUUUUACACCGCUUGUUAGUACUUGAAAAAGAAAAGAGUUACAUGGAUUGGUUAGUAUCAUGGGAGAAGCAAAGACGCAAGGAUCAGAAACGCAAAAUAGAGCAACGAAAGAGGGACGAGCGAUGGAAAAAGAGAGAGCGACAACUAGCUAAACAACGCAAAAGGGAAACUCAGCAAUUGGCCGAACAGCGUUUAAUUCAACGACGCCUAGCAGAGCAACUGUUGGUCAAAAAACAACGAGCCAAACAGCGGUGGUUGGUUGAAGUGCAAUCUGAACAUGUUUCAACUGAGCCGAGGCAUGAAGAAGGACAAGAGACAACUAGUCAAUGUUUGGCAUGGGUAUCUUCAACUCUUGGAGUCGCAAGCCACAUGCAGCCUCAGGGCAAUACACAUAAUCAUCAUCAGAGACAUGCAGAAUGUUUUAAUCAAAGCACCACCCAACCAGAUAGCAAUUCCCCAUUAACUAGGCAAUGGGUAUUUUGUAGAACAAGGCAUCAACCAAAUUCCAGUGAGCCGCCACAGACCCAACGAACAUCUAAUCCAUCCCCGCGUCUGCACGCAUUUAAUCCAUGGGGCUCGAAUAAUUCUCUUCCCCCGUACUCAGUGUUUGAUCAACCAACCAGCCCGUUCAAUACAUUACUGCCAACACUUACUCCCAACAUGUUUGUUUACAAUAUUUUGAACGAGCAGUAUGCAGACCAGAGUUGGGAAGACUUGCCGCGAUAUGCCGCAACACCUAGUGAAAACGAAGCAACUUUUGACAGUUUAACGGAAGCUCCACCUCCAGCUUACCAUACACUUUUCCCCAAGAGAUCCUUACAUAUUUCUUAA